UAAUAUCUUCACUAUAUUUCCUCUGGAGGAUCAGCUAAGUUGGAAGUCAACUGGCUCAGCCAAGACUUCCAGAUGCCACAUAACAUGAUGGGAACCUAGGAGUGAUACUGAUCUCAGAUUAGUUCAGUUCAUACGUAUAUAGGCCAUAGUGAUAAAUGAAAUAUUAUGUUCUUUGAAAUGACAGCAUUCUCCCCCUUGAAUAUUUAAUACUGUCAUCCUAUAACUGCUGAUUUUUGUGUGUCUACAGGCUCCUUGAACUGAAGUCUGGAGAAUCACAUGCAUAUCUCAUGCUUACAGUGAAAUCAUGGCAACCAAUGAUAAAGUAGCCAUCUUAACUGAUGAUGAAGAAGAGCAGAAGAGAAAAUAUGUGCUUGCUGAUCCUUUCAGUGGGAUUCCCAAGGAGCAAGAUCUCCAAGUCCAAAGUGAUACCCCUUCAACCGAGACCACUACUAUUCCAGACGAAGAGCUUGAUUGGCUUGAACAACAUUGCGUGAAAGUGAAUAAUGAUCUCCUGGUCUCAAAAGUCUUUUAUUUUUUCUUUUACGCUGCUUAUGGUUCCCUGUACCCAUUGCUUCCUAUAUACUACAAACAGCUAGGCAUGACUCCCAGCCAGAGUGGACUCCUGGUAGGGAUUAGAUACUUCAUUGAAUUUUGCAGUGCUCCAUUUUGGGGAGUGGUAGCAGAUCGCUUUAAAAAGGGGAAAGUUGUUCUUCUCUUCUCCCUAUUAUGCUGGGUGCUGUUUAACUUGGGAAUUGGGUUUGUUAAACCAGCAACCUUAAGAUGUAUGCUAAAGAACCCUAUUCCCAUUCCUCCUACCAAUGCCAGUCAUCUUUCAGCAGUAGCCCCACAAAAUAUCUCCAUUUCUUCUGUCUUGCCUACUCUGGGAACUACAUUAACAAAGGGCCAAGGGAAAAGAGAUUUGUUGACCUACAACUUGCCAACUCUGAGCUCAGCUUUGCCCAUGAAUUCUAAAUCUACCUUUUCUCCAACUAUUCAAAAUGGAGAUGGGAAGCAUGCUUUAAAAGAAGAAGAAAGUUCAACUGUUGCCAGUACUCCAAAAGGUAGUGUUACUGCGGGUCUGUUGGGAAAUACCACCCACACAACAGCGUCAUCUACAGGCACCACAAAAACAACCCUUCCUGGCCGUGUUGCUCUUGUCUAUGAUCAUCAGGAGGUUGAAGCGAUCUUCUUGCUCAUCCUCCUUGUUGUGAUUGUAGGAGAGUUUUUCAGUGCCUCCUCAGUCACUAUAGUGGACACUGUGACCCUGCAGUAUCUUGGCAAACACCGGGACCGUUACGGGCUACAGCGAAUGUGGGGAUCUCUGGGCUGGGGACUGGCCAUGCUAUCAGUGGGCAUUGGCAUUGACUCUACCCGUAUUGAUGUGCUUGUUGAAGGCCAAGGCUGUAAGGCUCCAGAGUACAAGAACUACAGGAUUGUUUUCAUAGUCUUCGGGGUUUUGAUGACACUCUCUUUGAUUGUGGCCACCCAGUUCAGGUUCCGGUACAACCACUACAAGCAAGAGGAAAACCAAAGCACAGAGGCAGAGGGCUCCUGCGCAGACAGAAAUUCCUCCACAGAUUCUUCCCAUGAUGCACAGAGUGACACAAGCCAGUCCCAAUCCUUUAAUUUUUUGCACUUGAUUAAGCUGCUCUGUAGUAUCCAGUAUGGCUCGGUGCUGUUUGUGGCUUGGUUUAUGGGUUUUGGAUAUGGCUUUGUGUUCACCUUCCUUUAUUGGCACCUGGAGGAUCUGAAUGGCACCACCACGCUCUUUGGAGUUUGCUCUGUUUUGAGUCAUGUCUCUGAACUGAUGGCGUAUUUCUUCAGCCACAAGCUGAUUGAGCUGAUUGGUCACAUCAGAGUCCUGUAUAUCGGUCUUGCCUGCAAUACAGCUCGUUAUAUUUACAUCUCCUAUCUAGAAAAUGCUUGGACUGUUCUGCCUAUGGAAGUCCUUCAGGGUGUGACUCAUGCAGCCAUCUGGGCAGCUUGCAUUUCCUAUCUAAGUGCCGCUGUGCCUCCGGAACUGAGAACAUCAGCCCAAGGGAUCUUGCAGGGUCUUCACCUUGGCCUGGGCAGAGGAUGUGGAGCAAUGAUUGGUGGAGUGUUGGUCAAUUAUUUUGGAGCAGCGUCAACAUUCCGAGGGAUAGGAAUGGCUUUUCUUGUCAUCCUCUUGCUUUUUGCUUUGAUUCAGUGGGUGGCAGUUCAUGAUGAGAAAGAAGAAAAGGCCAUGCUGGCCGAAAGGAUCCCAGUGCCUUCGAGUCCGGUGCCUAUUGCCACAAUUGAUCUUGUACAACAGACUGAAGAUAUUAUGCCUCGCCCCGUGCCCAGGCUUCCCGCCAAGAAGACCAAGCACCAAGAAGAGCAGGAAGAUGUACACAAGCCUGCUUGGGGUGUCAGUUCUUCACCCUGGGUCACCUUAGCCUAUGCUCUUUAUCAGAUAAAAGAGAUGGUUCAGCUCUCCAAAACCAAUCAGGCACUCGAGAACCAGCCUUUGCAGAAUGCCACCAGUAAUCAUGAUUCCACACCAGAUAGCCCUCUGGAUGAAAGACAUGAUGGUACAGCGGUAGGACCUCUGGUACCUACAGCUACCCUUGAAACCCACCCCGAUUUGGACUGCCCGGUUCUUUCGGAGAGCAGAGCUCAGUCUCCCAAGGCAGGGCACGAAUAGGACAUGGUUGAAUCCGGCUCACAGCACUGAACGCUGCUGUCACAACCAGAAAAAGGCUGACAUGGGAGUUUGAGACCUCAGCUCCCUUCCUCUUGGAAAUAGUAACCUGAUGCAGCCAAAGCUUUUAAAAUAUUUAAUGCCUUUUCUGCGACAGAACCUGACAGGCCUGUUGCAGGAACAAUUCAGAAGGCUAAGCAGAAGCGGCUGGGAUAAUAAUGAGCAAAGGAGCACACUAUUUCAUCUGAAGUUUUUUUUUUUCCACCUGAAUGGAAGUGUUGUAAACAAACACAUCUGAUUGUCUUGAUAAUUUUCUGGAUUGUGAUUAAUUUUCACGAACAAAACCCCCAUUCAGUUCCAUUUCCUUUCGCUUAAUGCAAUUCACGGUUUAAUUCAAUAUUAGGGGAAGGGAAGAACUCAUAGCAAUUUUUCUCAGCUAGUGUUUGUUUGUUAUGUCAUGCAGCGGCUUCCCUAGAACAGUUGCAUAAUCUACUAAAACUUCAGAGAAAAUACAGUAGUUAAAUACUGAAAUGAAGGAAGGAGCCAUGUAGAAUUCUGUCUUUUGUAAAGACUUUUCAGAGAUGUUGCAGAGCUUUUGGCUGGUUAAGUUCUGCAUGAAACAUCUGUUGAAGCCUUUCUAACCAGACAAAUUGCAUUUAUGUUGCUAUGGCCAGGCCAUAGAGCAUCAGUAAGGGCAUUUUAGAAAGAACCAGGACAGAAAAACGUAGUUGCUCAUAGCCCUUCAAGAACAAAGAUACAGGUUGGGAUGCGUGGUGUUGUGCUUAAAGACCUGGACCAUGAUCAUACAGUUGGAAGGUAAUAAUGGUUUUAUGCGGGAUGGAUUUGCCCUAAUCACUGACAGGGACUUUUCCCACAGAAACAGUCUAUGUGGAUUUUCUUUUUCACCUCUCUGGUGUGUGAUGGGGAACAGCACUCCUUCCUCCAGGCAGAUCUGAGACCUGAAGUUCCUACCCAACUUGUAUAACAACACAACAGCAGCAGCAAAGGAUCAGAAAUGGCUCACUAUUACUUUUUUGGAGUGGGGAUACUGACAGCACUUUCCAUAACUGAUGUCUGUAGUCUGUUCUGAAAGCCAGUAAUGAGAGGAUGCUCAGCAGCAGUCAUAUAUAUCAGUUGCUUCUCGAGAGUUUUUCCUAGCAGGGCUAAUAUAAUUUAUUUUAUGAUAGAAUACGUUUAUUUAAGGGGGAAGGGAAUUAAACUUUAUAGAAUAUAUUUAAAGUGCCUGUGGACUGGGAAGGGGUAUAAAUCCUAAUUAUUGUAGAUUAGGAAAGGAAAAUAUUGUUAAUAUAAAAGCAGUUGGAAGGAAAGAAAAAUGGAUAGAGAAUAUUGAUCAUGUUGUCAACUUUGUCAAGUUUUGUCAAGACAUUGACAGAUUCAGAUCUGGUGUUUUACAUUUCACCUAAUUGAACCCAGUUCCCUUACAUGCUUUGUAAUUAUAGCUGAGGGGAAGUAUUAGAUUCAAGUUUGUAGUGCUUAGGCUUCAAGCAUAUGUCAAGCUUAGCCUUCCAUUAGGGGAUUCCCAUUCAUGUGCAGUUUCGCCGAGAUGGUUUUUGGCUUCUGGCAGCCAAUCGGAUGCCAUUUAUGCCCCAGGGGCUGGUGUAGUUCAUAAUUAGAUUUCAGAUAUACUUGAUUUUGAAUGCAGAAUAUAGAAUACCUUAAGAUAGAUGUGAAGGGUGUUCUCCUUACAUACACCUUAAGGGACUCUAACAGAAUCUGUACAUGGGACCAAAUACUGGCAAGUAGUAACUAGCUAUUUUUUGCACUUCAACUUAAAUGUACUGUAAAUUUCUCUUGACUUGUUUAAGUGUCCUUUAAAAACAAUCAGAAAUCUAUUUAUUAUAUGUCUAUAUUGCAGAGGGAAGGAAGGAUUUUUUUUAAAAAAACACGGUAGACUGAAAAUGGUUAUUUAAAAAAGAAACAGACAAUGAAUCCUUUAGAUGAACUUAUCUGAACUCUGUGUGGUAAAUGCUGUGGUAAUAACCUUUAAUCUUGGAUACCUGAGUCGAGGCAUUGAAUUUACACAUUAUGUUUACAUCUCCAAUCUGCCUGUCAAACUGGUUCCUUCCUUGUAUGUGGGCAAUGGGGCUGUAGACAGCUCUCAUAUUUGUGAAGUUGUUAAAAUGUAGUGAGAUAAAUAAAAUUUCACGUAUAUGUCAAAAAA